GGACGGAUGUACAGCUUGGGUGGUAACGAACCCCCGCGGAAGUGCAACCGAGGCCGGCUAGACCGGUUAAAGACUGUGGGGACCUUCGACAUCACCAACGAGAUCUCGCGGCUUAGCCAGAAAACGAUGAAUUUGAAUGAGCGAAUCAUAGGUAAUCGGUUGUUUACUCAAACCGUUGACGAAGCCACUACCAGCGCAAUUGGUACAGCAGCCGGGGGAAUAGGUGCCGGGCUGGUUCCUUUAAUAGCGACUGCCGCUUUUGGACCGGUGACCAGUGCAGCGAUCGAUACAACCGAAAAACAGCAACAACCGCAGCUCCCUAUCGCAAAACCCAGCAAUGGUCCCACGCUGUUUAAACAAAACACAGAAAUAAUACACCUAUCACCUCAUCAGCAUGUUUCAUCUAAUCAUCCACUUCAAUUAAAAGCCGCCAAAAGUCGAAGUCUAAGUACGGGUUCCUACAUUACGAAAGAAUCGAGUGUUCACGCUAGCGUAGAGAAGAUUAUGGUUAUCAAAUCGAACAGCAAUACCGACCUGAACGAAGGCACGUUGAAAACUAUCGACAGUAUGCCGAAAAACAAAUCGUUAGAAGAUAGUAAUACGAUGAAGCUCAACCAAACGCGCUCCCCGAUGCGCAAACCGAUACUGCGGAAGUCCAAAAAGAUCAUCCGAACCGAUUCAGAGUUCCUCAAGGGUAACAUUUACGAGAAAGAGUCCAGCCUAUCCAGCUCGCAGUACACCCCAACGCACGAGAAGCGCCGCGAAUUCGCCGAACACCGUAGCAGUAAUCCUUCCUCGGAAACCCACAAAUCGACCGACGAAAGUUCGAAAAACAUUUCGAUGGACGAAAUUGACACGGUGUUCUCCGACACCAUGGAGCUGGAACAGAUGGAAGCGGACUACAAGAUGCACUUGAAGAAUAACCUUCAGCGGGAGUACAAGAGUGAUAGUGAUACAUUGGACGAAGUGGGGAAGAAACAUCCGGACUACAGUACGUGGAAAAAUCAGAGCUUCGAGAACACCUUUGACGUGUACAAAGAGAAACAACAAGAAAAUGGUGGAAGUGGUGGUUCUUCGAAGGGAACAUCCAUGGUAGAAGCGUUGAGUCAAAAAGAGGACGAACGAUCGAAAAGUUUAGAGGUUACGGAGAAAGCGAGCGAUAACGACUUGAAAUCCAAGCGGUUGACAGAUAGACCAACACAGCUGGAACUGGGAACCUUCUCGGAUGAAAGCAAACACCCUUCGGCGGACGGUUCCUUUGGACAUCUGUUCGAAAAGAAUCUCUGUCGGUUCAAGAAAAUGAAUAAGCUGCUAAAGUGCAAGCGUUUCAGCACAUCCGCUUUGUAUGAUAAUAAGAAAAACAAACCGAACUUCAAGGAAACUGUGUUCUUUGACAAUAAAUCCUCUCCUGUAAAAUCAAGUACGGAAUCCGGACGAUCGCCCGACAAAUCGUUCCAAUCGCAAUCGAAAGCCUCGAUAAGUUCGUCCAAAUCUUCCUUGUUCGGUACCAAGAAGGGGAAUGUUUUUACCUUCAAGGGCAAAAAGUUUCUGUUUUCCACUGCCGGUAGUAGCGCCGGUAAUGGAAAUUCCAAAAACUCGCCAAAUAAAUCGAAAUCCAACAACGAGAUAAGUUACUCGCGCUCCAAGUCAACAAAAGGUACGCGCAAGUCAGUCAAAACCAACAGCACCGCCUGCCUGAAUCUGGAGACCAACAGUGUUUCACCCUUGUCGGAAGCUUUCUACAACCCGACCGGGAGUGUGAGGUUAAGCGCGAUGGAGUUGUACGAGAAGUUUUGCUCCCAGGACUUCAGUGGUCUCUACAAACACGAGGCCGUCCGGAUAGACCACGGGGACGGCUCGAAUGGGACCGAUUUGAGUGAGUACGAUCCGAAUCGCAGCAUGGGAGCUGUACGGAAGUACAAGCGACGGAACUUCAAGCUGUUGCGCCAGAAAAGUGAACCGAAGUUUUCCUUCCGCACUGAUACGCUGUACGAGAACGAGGAUAGCUUCGAAGAGGGGUGCUACCAGAGCGAGGAGCAGAAGGAGGAUGGAUACGAAGUGGAUGAUUACAGCCAGUUUUUGUACGAAGAGCAAUACUACGAGGAGGAUAUCGAGAAUCUUAGCAUAGAGACCAUGUACUAUCGGAGGAACUUGAUCCGGGAGGAUGGAACACUGAUGAGGGGCUGCCAGUAUCAGGAGGAUGUCGAUGAAGACGAGGAGGAAGAGGAGGAGGAUGAAGAAGAGGUGGAGGAAGAAGAGGAAGAAGAAGAGGACGCUUAUGAGGAAGAGUUAGAGGAAGAAGACGAAGACGAGGAUCAGAAUGAACGAUAUGAACGAAGGUUGGAUCUGGAAGCAGGUAGUUUGCAGCCGCCACAAAUUGAUAUGGCGGCUUCGUUGGAUUCGGACUGCGAUGAGAUCUAUCUAAUGCCUGGAAAUGAGUCGAAAAAACUUAUCAUUCAUGACUUCCUCUUCCAUCACAGCAAUAACGAGUUUGACAGCGCUGGUGACGAGUAUGAUAUGCCGGAGGACAAAAUAGAGGUGCUUGAUCGGUAUAAAAACCAGGACACGCUAACGAUAUACAAGAUUUGUUCGAAGGAAAGCAUCCUUGAUUCCAAAGGUGACCUAGACAAUAUUCCGUUGAGCCCGUCACUCGAGCCGUAUUUUCUCAAGUCGGACUGCCUGACGGCGCUCGAGCGGACCGCCUCGCUAGAGCUUCUGAGCAAUUCCAGCGGCACACUGAACAAGUCAACGUUAACCGACUACGCAUUUGAUACUGUUAAGAACGUUAAUUUAGAUAGCUGUAGCACAUCGAGACUGAGCUUAUCGUUGAAGAGCGAAAUCUUUGAAGAGACUCUAGCGAACGCUGCCAAUGACGACGGUUCCGGUGAGAUUAGGCAAAUCAAAAACUGGAAUAUCGAAGAUUUUACCUUAACCCCAGAAGGAUCAUUCUCGGACGAAACCGUUGAUGAACUGUUCAAAACACAUUUACUAGAAGAACUCGAAAGUAAAACCCCCAUCGAAGAAAUGGACUUACCGAUACCCACUGUGGAAACAGUUCCGAUCGAACCCACAAAUCCCACAACCAGUGAGUACACAAUCAUCGAUCUAGACGAAGAACCGAAUCUGCUAGAUCCAACGAUUUCAGACUUCACGAACGAAAUCACCAAAGAGUUUGACCUUUUAUUCUCUCGAGCGGAAACGGAAUCGCGGGCCGCAAGCUAUUCUGGGAGUCCGGCGUAUGACAACGACGACGACUGUCAGAAGGAGACGAGGAGUGCAGAACUUCGUCUCGAUCCGCUAGAAGUUCAGCCGGUGCUGCCAACAGAGCUGCCGACGCGGUACUCAAUGCAGAAGCUGGAGCCCAUCAAUCUGGACGCCGAAGAGAUAAAAAUUACAAGACAUACCGAGGACCAACUUAAAACGCAACACGAUAGUGCCAAAGUAAUAGCUGUAGAUAACAAGUGUAAUAAGGUAGAUAAGCAUCAAAAAAUUUCGGAAGCUGAUCGAACGACUAGCUCAACGACGAUGACCGCAGUCUCGGGCGCUGAUCGUUUGCGGAAAGCUCGCAGUCAAUCCCUGGGUAACCUAAAGAAUAAAACCAAAUGUUUUCCAUUAUAGAAACUAAGGAACGCUGUAAUUAGACGGUUAGCUGUAUAGAUACUAUGGACAGUUUGUACGUUUCCUUUCACUACGGCUCACCAUUCUUUCGUUCGUUGUUAGGAUAAGUGUACACUACUAGGCGAAUGAGCGAACUUCUGUGGGCGUAACUCAAAGAAGAACGAUGAUUCUAGCGUAACUUAAAGAGGAAUUUACUAUUUUAUACCAAAGUCGAUACCCUUUUAUACGUGGAUAACUCUAGUGAUGGAGGCGAUAAAAAAAUUCUCUGGUCUAGAUCGAACUAUUGUAUAGCGACCUGUAACGUCAAAAUAACAUAAACUCAUCGUCAUUAUCAAAUCAGCCAUUAAAAAAGUGUAAAUUGAAGCCAGACAAAGAUGACAUGUUCUAAAACUCAAAUAGCUAAACCGAAUUGUGAAGAAUGUGUAGGACACUUCUUUCGAUAUCCUUGAAUUUAAGCUAGUUUAGAAAAAAAAACAAUGAAAACAAUGUACACUGAUGGGUGCAAAAAAAACUCCACACCCAUUGGAAAUCAAAGUAUUCCAAUAUUAAUAGUUUUUUCAAACUUUCCGGUAUUCCAGUCAAUACUACAUGAAAGUAGGUCAUUAGUAGAUCAUUUUGUCAGUUCAGUAUCUUUGAUUUAUUUUUUAGAAAAGCAAACAAAAACUUUUAUUCCUAAAUGGGUUUGCCAUAAAAAAAUCAACUUUCAUAGACUUGUUUUACCGUAUUUUCUUCAUCGAUGAAACCCUCGGUUCAGACAUCUGGUUGUUUACAUCUGACACAAACAUAAUUUUCGUAGGCGUUUAGCAAACUUUUCGUGCGUAUAGACGUGUUUUCAACGCUGAAAUCUCAACACAGGUCCGACAUUUGAUUGUGUGUGACUUCCAGCGUAAGGAGUCUCAACGAAACAUUGCUGAGAAACAUGGGGUAUGCGGUGCAUUGCAGCUGAUCAUUCUGAAGCAUGUGGUGGCUAAUAGAUCGGGAAGAUCCAAUCUACCGGGAAGAGGAGAAACGUUGACUGAUGCAAAAACGAACACGCUAUUCAUACGGGAAAUAAAUAAAACUAGAAGUGCGUUAUAUCCAGCGUUGCCAAUGUUCCAGUUUAAACUGAAUUCUUCCAGUUUAAACUGGAUUCUUCCAAUUUUUUGUUUCUGGAUCCAGUCAUCCAGCUUAACCCCAGUCUUCCAGUUUUUUUUUAUAUUGUGCAGUUUUGACGUAGGACUACGUCUUUCAUUUCUAUACCAGGGUGUAAAAUCAAAGUUUCGGAAACGAAAGCGUUACGCUGGAGACCGAGAUUUGAGCGUUAAUAGCUCUUAAACAACUGAACGAAAUGGUAUGAUAAACACUUCAUUCGAAAGAUAAAAUGUCUAAGCGUUGUAUAUUUGUUACUUUUUCAUCCAAAAACUGGUUUCAAUAGCAAAAGCAAUAAAAUUGCUUUCAAAACAUGCUAUUGAAAUCACCAAUCGAUAUAUAAGCGAGCACCGCUCGUAAACCCAUUCAGUUAUAAUUGAACAGCGAUUGGAGCAUGUUGUCGCUGUUGUGGUGAAGCUAACUUCGUUUAUCUUGAAAGCGCUGAUGGACGGUGUCGAGAUCCUGUUUGUGCACCUAAGGCCAGAAGGGAAUCCAUCAGGAGGAGAGUGAUGCCACGGUUCCGCUUGAAACAUCGAAGCAGCCGCCACACACUCAUACAUGCGCGGAACCCUCGUUGCUAUCAUCGUUGCUGAAAAAUAAUUUACCAGUUGCCCUGGGAAUUGAAAAAUACAUUCAUGCGAAAGAGUUUAUUUUAAUGUUUUCUAUCCAUACAACACUGCAACCAAAUACAUUUGGUUUUGUGAUUUUUCAAUCAAUCGCAAUUAACAGGAAAGCUUCUGAAUAGAAUUUUCCCCAUCAGUAGAAAAUUUUCGUAUCCAAUAUUGGAUGCAUAACAUGAAAAACGUAAAAUGUUUCACACAGCGAAAACCAUGUAAUUUUCGAGGGAUUAUUUGCUUCCUACUCAUAUGAUGCUGCGACCAAAUACAUUUCGUUUUGGAUUUUCGAAUCAAGCGCGAUCAACGUAAGACCACAUCUUUCGCCAAUUUAUUAGAGGUGCAAUGAAUCUUUAGGAAUUCCCGCUCUACGCAUACUGGCAAACGAUGUUUACUCAACAAUUUCUCAAACGAGAAAAGGGUGUUGUGAGAAACGAUUAGCGAACGCAAAAACGACAAACAGGAGAAAGAGAUGUUUGGAGGUUGAAGAAAAUUAGCAGAAAACAUCUUCAUUUUAUCUUUCGAAUAAUGUGAUUCAUACCACUUCGUUUUGCCAGGAAGAGAUUAUUAAUGCUCAAAGGAGGGAUCGAGUCCUCCGAGGAAAUUACCCAGCGCAAAUUAGAGUCGACUAUCGAUUACGGCAUUCGUACACAAAUAAUUUUAUAAUGCAGUUUCAUCAAAGUGAUUUCUUCGAUAUGGGGAAAUAUUCACUACAUCAUGUCAUGUAUUUCAUAAAUAUUUUUCACUAUCAAAUCCAUAUCCAUGGCACCUAUCGGUAUCGAAUUAUCCUCGACACCACGAUUUUCGCUAAAUGCUCCUUUCAGUUCGGCCAGUAAAAAACUUUUCUGAACUCUAAUCCAUCAAAUUUGGAGCCCUGAAAAGGGCCGUUGAUUGUAUACUAAGCUAAUAUAGCACGCUCUUCUUGGAUUGAACGAGCCAGCUGAAUGUCCUUGGGCAUGAUGUGAUACGUUUCGCGUGGAUAGCUCACAAAUUGGUAUCUUCAAAUAGGCCUCCUGCAGCGUCAAAACCGCGGAACUUUGGAAGCGCAAGUCGGUUUUUAUAAGUGUGCUUUAGUUUUACCCAUUUUGUGUAAAUUAAUUUGCAAUUAUAAAUAUUAUCCCUCCCUCCACCUUUCAAUCACUUGAUCAAUUUUAUUUUUUAACAAUUAUCGUUCGAUCGAUCCAAGGUAAAUACCUUGAAUCGAUCUUUCUUCUUCUUACACACUCAACUCAGUGUUAUCUUUCUCUCGCGCAGUGCGUGUGGUGGGAAUAUACUGGGCCUGAUUCUCGAAUACACUUCGAACACACUUCACGGUGGAAACGGGAUGAAACGUAUCCGCGAUGACAACGGUACGGUGUCGACAUCUGGAUACGAUAUUAGUUUCCCACUAAACUUAUCAUUAUAAUAUCAAAUUAUCUUCAGAUGAAAUUUUUAUUUUUUUUUUAUUAUUAAAUAGUUUAUUUUUACAGGCUCAGUUACAUAAGUUUAAAGGAGCCAAACUCCUGACUGUAUUGUUACAAGUAUAUAUAAACAUUUUUCCUUAAUUCUAAUGUUAAUGGUGUAGAAAACCGAUUACUCGCGGUCUACUCGAGUUUAGAAGGGUGACAUAUUUUCUUCAGGAAAAGGAAAGGAUAAAAGGAUAUGUUGACAAUGUUCACUCUCACAUUCACACACACAUUAAUUACACUCAAUUCUUAAGCCUAUCUUAUAUCUAAUAUGUAUUUACAUUUCUCCUUAUUCUAUUGUUAAUAAGAAGGGAUUUGAUUUCUCGCGAAGGAAAAGGAAAAGGAGAAUAUAAGGAUAUAAGGACAAUCAGACACGAAGAUCGAUAACUUUUAGGAAGACAUAUAUUUGGGACAUGUAAUCAAGGUCUAAACCAGCCAACACAUCUCUCACCGGCACAUUGGGCUGCCUUCCUCUAGCCCGAAGAGAGUUUUCUAAAUUCGAUCUGGCAACAAGAUACUCCUCGCACGACCAAACAACGUGAUCGAUGUCGUGGUAACCUUGGCCACAGGCACAGAUAUUGCUGUCGGCAAGAUCAAAACGAAAGAGUAGCGCGUUUAACGAACAGUGAUUGGACAUGAGUCGGGAGAAGGUGCGAAUAAAGUCCCGACUCAAGUCCAGACUUUUGAACCAUGGUUUAAGGCUAACCUUGGGGAUAAUUGAGUGGAGCCACCGGCCCAAUUCAUCUUCGUUUCAUUUGCGUUGCCAGUUAACGAUGGUAUUUUUACGAACUAAAGAAUAAAAUUCAUUGAAGGCGAUUUGACGCUGAUAAAUUUCGCCUUCAAUUGCACCUACCUUUGCCAAUGAGUCAGCCCUCUCAUUACCCAGAAUUGAGCAAUGUGAAGGGACCCAGACAAAGGUAGAUGAAAUUUUUGUAUGAGAUCAUUAUAUCACAUGAAGAAAACAAAGUUUUCCACUCACAUUGAAUACCAGUUUGAUACGAAGAAGUUAAUUUUCAUUGAUGAUUUUUUAUUUGAAAAGUGCUCAUUCUGCCUGAAAACUCAUUAUUAUCUUGGACACUUCACUAACUCGUAAAACGUAGUUCAAUGGCGUGCCGUUUAUUUCGAUUCCACCGUGAAGUGUAUUCGAGAAUCAGGCCCACUGUGUUUCAGUCGUGUUUCAUCUACCUCAUGGAUUUCUACGACCGGCGAGGUUGUAAUUCGGUUUUUUUUAUUUCGUUCAACUCGUCGGUAUUUUGUCGAAAAUGCCAAUACGAAGAGCUUUCUCGAAUGCUGGAAACAUAUCAAACUACUUCAAAAACGGUGUAUCACUAAAGUUUUAUCUUAUGUAACAGCCUACCCAAGAAGAAACUUGCUACACUGUCUAUGAAUUUAUAAAAAAUAUCAUAUGUUCUAGGUCCCCCAAACCAUUCUGAAGUUCAGACCAAUUUAUCUACGAUUUCAUCCACGUACAAUGUUCAUAGCAAGAGAACUUAUCCAAAUAGUUCAAAUAGAUCAUAGAGUAAAUGUGCUCCAAUCCAACUAACCUAGCUUCCACUUACAUCAAAUGGAUGUUAGUUUCUCAUGGUCACUAAAACGAUGUUUAGUUCUAAAUAGCAUCUAUUUUGCACAUAAUCCUAACUCCCCUAAAGAGCUAAUGCAUACUUUGCAUGAAAUGUAUAUGCAAAUUUGCAUGUUUAUUAAAAAAAUACUUUCUGGAGCAAGAUAAAAUACUUAAGAUACAUAAUUUUGAUCGUGAUAUCAAUAUUUGGUUUGGACAAGCCUGAUAUAAAAAGUAAAAUACCAAUGAAUAAAACAAAAAUAUUGAGAGGAAUAGCUUCACAAUACAAAAAUUUUAUAAGUUCAAUAUAAAAGAAAUAAUUGAGCAGUGUUGUUUUGACAUUGAAUGUGAUUGUUUAAGUAUUUUUCUUUGGUAUUUUACCUCGUAUCUCUUGCUAAUCGAUACUUGUUUGAGGUAUCGAACUAUCCGUUCCUGCUCGGGUUGACUAAACGAUAUGUUGAUUUUCAGCUACACACCUAGGUAAAAUGUUCAAAUUGUCUUCUGAAACGCUCAAUUCUGAAAUAUUUUUUAUCUGCUGUUAUAACAUGGUAUGACCUAAUCAAAAAUUAUUACUGAAUGCUAAUACUUAGAUCACUACAUAAAUCAGUGCACAGAAACGCCAGUUUGUCAGUUUUGCUUGGUUGAAAAUAUCAUGUUGACAUUUGAAUAGGAGCAUGUGAGAAGUGUAACGAAUGGGAGUUGAAACAAACCACGCAGAAACGCAAAACCGAAGGUGAGGUUAGGCACCGUGCAUUGAUUUAUUGAUUUUUUUUUAUUCUACAUUCUUCGUGAGUGUGAAAAAUAUAGCAACGAAGAUUGUUAAAACACUACAGAAAUGUCAAAAUUCACGUCAAAAGAGAAAGGGCAAAAGAUUAAGGUUAAGUUCGAUGCAGUGAUCUAUAACCAGAAUACAUGUCCCUACAUACAUGACGAGAUUUGCUCGAAAGAUAGGAUUAAUUAAUAGUUUAUUUCGUCAUUUUAUGAACUGGAUAUAAAUACUACAUGAAGCUUCAAAAGAAAUUCUAUUUCUCCAGCAUUGGAAUGAGUUAAAAAAUUAUUUUAGAUAAAUCGUGGCAGAUCUUCUUAAAAUAAGAUGGUUUUAUAGGAUUCAGUUUUCUUCCAGUUAUUUCAGAGCAAUCUUCAUUUUUUUUUAAUAUAUCAUUGGCAACCGCAUGCUGGACGUAGGACUAUCUUUGGCUCAGCAAUCAAUAAGUAACAAGCAUAUAACUCUUAGGCAUUUCAUCAUUCGAAUAAAGGGAUUAUCACACCACUUCGUUUAGCCGGAAAACGAUUAUUAACGUUGAAAGGAGGAAUCGAUUCCUCCUCGGAAAAACCCAGCGCAAAUAAUACCAACUCGGUCGAUAGCGGUGUUCGUGAGCAUUCGAUAAUAGAACUGCAACUAUAACCAAAAAAUGCGGCUCCGUUCAGUCCGGCAGCAGAAAAAAAUGAGAUUGUGAGAGAAGAGCAUAGUGCUUGGCGAGCUAGCGAGACCAUUCUCAUGUCACUUCGUAAUCACAUCUAAAUGGAUUUCUUCUUCUUUUUUCCUUCUUCUUGAUUUAUAGAGACUUUAAACGUUUGCAGUUCAAUCGUCUCUAGCCGUGAGAAGGGCCUUUGUGACAACAACUUGGGACAAUCCAAACUCCAAACCAAUUCAUAUACAGAUUUCUGUGAUUUCAUUCGUCUGUCAAUAAUUUAUAAGCAUUUAUUACUCAAACAUUUUAUCUUUUGAAUAAAAUGAUUACAAUUCCUCUUCGUUUAGCUGGAAAGGAAAAAUGAUUGCUUAAAGAAUGAAUGGAUUCCUCCUCGGAAUCACCUUGCUCAAAUAAUACCCCCUUCACAUUUGGAAACGAGGAUCGAUAUUGGUAUCCGUGAACAAAUAAUUUUAUAACGCUGCUUUCUUCAUUUUUUUCUGUAUUAUAGUAACUUUCAACACUUUUGAAACGUCUCUUUUACUUCCAUUCUUGGAAGAAUUUUGGGAGUGAGAAUUGAACUAGUGACCUUUAGCGUGAGAGGUAUGGAUGUUAUCCCUCCACCAAAACGUCUCCUGAAUACUGAAUGCUUUCAUCCUCCUUAUCUCACAUCGCAAUAACAACUAAAUGGAUUUCCGAGCGGGCGCCAGUUUAUAUACGGAUUUGUGUGAUUUCAAUAGCCUUCAAAGCAAUUUUUAAGCUAUUUAAACAAGUUUUAGAAGGUGUCCCUUCAAAAUGGUGCAGUAUUUUUCUAUUGGAUGCAGUUUCGGAGUGGUUGGGGGGGUUCAGAUUUUUCGGACCUAAUCGACAUCAUUCGGCUUAUACCACUCGAACACGUUCUUCGUGUAGUGGUAUGAUGCCAAAUCCGGCCAGAAGAUCGUCGGACCGUCGUGAGCCUUCAGUAGAUGGAUAAGCCGCUUUUGGAAACACUCUUUCCAAUACACCUGUCCAUUCAUGGCGCUUGCGUUAACGAAGGGCCUCAACAAACAAUCAUUAGCUUUUAUUAAACUGGUUAGUUGAAUAAUGAUCAAACAAUUGUAUUGAGUGCUUAAUAAUACGAUAUGCUAUGCUACGACUACAUGUUGUAUAAAAGCUCAUUCAGACCAAAUUGAAGCCCAGGCAACCAGUAAUCACUAAGAAAUUUUCCUUAAUCAGCAUUGUAUUCACAAAUAGAAUACUGGAUAAAUGCUUAUUACACUCUAUAAACCAAUAUAAUGUGUAAUUGAAUUGAAAAUAGUCCUAUUUCAAUAACGUGCUCAAAAAGAUCAUGUAUGAGCGGGUCUGAAAAUAAACAAAACAAUCCUAUUGCAAUUCAAUAAUAAUUCAAAAGGUUAUGUUAUGAUAUGUUUUGAUUAUUUCGAAACAAACACCUGCAGCCAGAUACCCAAAGCUACCCCCAAAUAUAUAAAUAUUUUAUCCUAACACGUGUAAGCAUUAUAUGGAAGCAUUAAAUGCGAAUAUUGGGCUUUCAUUAAUUCUUAUUCUAAUUAAUGUUUAUAUGGAUUAAUAAUGUUGAUGUAAGGACUGUAAGUAGACAUACUGCCAUUUGGUUUUAGAGAUGCUGAAUUAGUACUAUAAUAGAGCUCUAGGUAAAUGCUUACGAUUACUUGGGUUGUUCAACCAUUUAUAUUUAGCUGGAUAAUACGUCAGUAAAAAGUUUUUAGGGUGCUUUAUUUGUUCAAGAACUGGGGAGAAAACUGAACAGACGCUAGCCUGAAAUAUAUUUUUAUUCGACUAUUUACACUCUGCCUUAACGACACGAACCGAUCAUUAGUUGUAAUAAAAUUAAUCAGUUUAUAAUGGUCGAACAAUAGUAUUGAGUGCUCAAUAAACAAUAUGUUGAGCUAUACGUUGUAUAAAAGACCAAGUUGAUGCUUUUGUACAACGAUUGCUGUUUACCUGGAUAAUAUGUCAGACAGACGAUUUGAAAACGUUCAUUCAACUGCAAAUCAGCUUUUGUACAACACAUGACGGACUACCAAAAUGAGCAAAUGAGCUGCCAGUGUUUUUAAGCUCAUGUUCGACUGCUUGGCAUCACAUUUUUAAGUGUUCUAAUGUAAGUUUGAAUCUAGGUCACUUUUAUUUUUUUUUUCAGAAGUUCAUCAGACUACUAAACAAGUUUCAUCUAGUAGUUGUAAAAGACACUAACAAGCGUCUUCAAUAUGCUAAAAUAUAAUUCUAUUUAUACAAAUUUGAAGAAAAUAAUGCAUUCAGACAAAGAUCUUCUUCUUAGAUAUCGCAGUCUAAGUAGAGCUAAUCAAAUCAGAAUAUGCUCGAAUAAACGUUUCCACCACACCUUGGAGUUGGAUAAAUGUUUUAUAAUUGACUUUAAACUGCGUUUAACGAACAAUAUUGGUUAUAGCUUAAUAAUUUCUCCUAAUUUGCUUGGCUUGAAUAGAGGAUUUGAUGACAAUUAGUUCAGGCAUUAUUAAGCAUAGAGCUGAAUAAUGUGCGAUUCACAUAGAACGUUACGGAAAAGAACGUCCACGUUCGGUCACCGUCUCCACCAAUUCACACAUGCAGUCUACGCUUGCAGCAGCACCGUCACGUUAAAUGUCAAUGAUUUAUACAAUAUUAUAUUAUAAUUGUCGCCACCUACAACAGUAUUAAAUUGCAAUGCCCUCUCUCGAAUCAGCAUGCCUAGAACCAGUUCUAGAUUUAGAAAGAUUAAAUGGAAAUUAUUGAAUUAUAUGAUUUAAAUGCUUAAACCCCGUAGUCCCGACUCUUAUUCAACAAUAAUAAUAUAUAGACGAAAUUUGGAACUAAGUAAUAUGUUGGCUUAAAAAAUAUAACCAAAAUCAAAACAAAAGCCGAGACACAAAGUCCAGACAAAACCCCAACGAACCGUCCGUCUCCGUCAAUUAUUCGCCUUCACAUAUGUCUCGUCAUCCAUUACCCAGCGUUAACUUCUGGUCGUCCAACUUCCGGGAACGGCGUAUUGCAACCAUAUUCUGUUUCUCGCUAUGGUUUGGAGACUUCCGAACCUUCUGAAUUCUGCACUGUUCUUUCGACGCGAUUUUGAAAACAUUUUUUGCACGCAUUAAACUAUGUCUACGCAAAAUUUCAAAUAAUGUUACCCAACGGAUCAAAAGUUAGAGCAAUUUGGGUGUGUGUGGAUUUUUAACGGUACACCCUUUAGAACCCAAAGAUCUUCGCAUCAAUUGAUAGGAAAUAUUUUUCUAUUUUCUUGAGAUAAAUAAUUGAAUAAUUGUGAAAUGUCAAGCAUUUUCCCAAUGCACUAUGUAAUUUGUGUAAUGUAAUUUGUGCUCUUCAAAUGGUUCCGACCAAAAAGAGCAACUAGAGUAACAGAGUAAUCGAUCUAGCACUCUACGACAGAUUUGAAAUUGCAUGUGAAAAAGUGUGAAAAAAGUGCAUUGGCAAAAUAAGGACAAAAAUUUCGGUAUCGUAAGAACAGACAUUUAUCCAUUGGCGCUUUUCAGGGCCACCAAACUUUUCACGAAGGAGUUAUUAAAAGUUAUUUUCAUUACAGUACGAUGCAUUCUAGAGAGAUAUCCGAAUAAUAAAAUAUAUAAACUGAUUUUUGUUUGCUUGUGGAGAGCCUGUGUUAAUUUAAACGUAUUUUUGUGCUUUCAGGGUCUUUCAGAUCGAUGAUUUAAAAAAGGUUUUAAAAAUCCCGAAUUAAAGUGGCUUCAAAGCACAGGCAAGCCGUAUGGAAAAAAGAAAUUUUCCAAAAGCGAGAACUGUGUUCAUUGUUAUAAUUACCACCAACACAAUCGAUUUCUGAUUUUUUGUUGUCGUUCUGCGAAAUUAUAUAAUUUGUGAAUCAUUUGUUUGAGAAUGAUGUUUUUCGGAGCGUUGGAGAUGUAAUUUUGCUAUUACCCAGCAAACAUUAAAUCGCAUAACAAGCGUAUGUAUAACAUCAUAUGCCCUAAAAUUUGGUUGGCAUAUAAUGCGCCUAACUGGCAUAUGCAUGCAAAAGUGGAGGCCAUAUACAUACAUGGCAAAUGCUUACCGAAUUUGUUUGGAUGAAUAUGCAACUUUGACCGGCUAUAAUAGCGAAUUUUCCAUACUCAUAUACGAUUUAUUACAGACAUAGAAAAAAACAAAUGGCGCAAAAUAUUUUCGUGAAAUGUUUAUUAUAGCCUCACGAAUCGCCAUUUUUAUAUAUGAGUAUUUAUGUUUGUAGAAAUAAUAAUUGUUUGAUUGACUUAUGUUGGGAGUGGAAUAUGAAUGUUUGAAAUGGCACAGAUUGAUGUUUGGUGGAAACUGCUCCGAUGUGGGUUCGAACUCCGGUCGUCUGGAUUAUCAUCCACCAGCUAUCUCGCGCGGCUAUCUGAAAUUUAAUUCAACAGCGGUUAAAACUUUCGAGUGCAUCAGCAUUUCAUUGACAUUCCAAUAUGAUGUAAUAUGUUCUUUAUUAGGAUCUAAUAUGAUUCACUGUGGGUAGUUACAGAAAAACUACACGGAUAUUCGAUGAGUUGUUUGAAUUGACAGCCCUUGGUGUAGUCCUACUUCUCUUCGGUUAUGUCCCCGACAUUACCUUAGAGGUGGACAAAACGGUUCUUUCACUGAGUGGCUCAGAGCCGCUCGUUCAUUGAAGCAAGCCGGCUCAUUUGAGCGGCUCUUUUUUUGAGCCGAGACUCUGUCGAAAAGCGGCUCUUUUUUAAACCGCGGCUUUUUUUUAGCCGAGACCCUUUUGAACCGCCGCACUUUUUUGAGCCGAGACCCUUUCAAAGAGCGGCUCUUUUUGAACCGCGGUUUUUUUUUUGAGCCGAGACUCUUUCGAAAAGCGGUUCAUUUACAAAGAACCGUGGGUCGUACGCUUGUUCUGGCGAACCGGCUCAAAUGAGCGGCUCGUGAGUCCUCGCCCAUCUCUGCACUACCUACUCGUAAUUUUUUCUAGAUAAACCAUGAAUUGGAUUUUUUUAUGUCAUACUCUAAAAGAACCCAUCUAGGAACAAAAGUAAUUUUUUGUUUUUCUAAAGAAUAAAUCAACGAUACUGAAAUGGCAAAAUGGUCUAAUAAUUACCUACUUUUACGUAGUAUUGACUGGAAUACCGAAUAGUUUAAAAAAAAAAUUAAUAUUGGAACACUUGGAUUUCAAAUGGGGGAUAUUUUUUUUGCGCCUAUCAGUGUACACAGAAAAUACACAUGCACACAUACACACACAUGAAACAUACACACACAAAGAAUAUAAGAAAACGUACGUUUAUACAUAUUCCAUUUGUUGAUUAUUAUAUAUUUUUUGAAGGAGACGUUUAUCGCGGAUAGGAACCAGAACGCAAAAGAGAAACAUUUUAUCUUUAGCUAAUAACGAUUGAUUGGAUUAUUGCAGACUUGCUAGCGAACAAAUUCAUUGAAGAUAUGUACUGUUCCAAAACAGCAAAAUGGUAGAUAAUGGAAUAAAAAAAACAAAGUGUGAUACCGUGAGAAAGCAGUGGUUAAUUGUUGUAAUUGAAACAGGUCUUGAAAAGACGAUAAUUAUUAAUUUGUUGGAUGUAAUAUUUAUAUAAAUUUAUACGAACCCGACUCGGUGUUGUUUGCUCAAGAAAAACAAAACAUUUUAUCGAUAAAAUUCUAUACACUCACACACACAUUCAAAUCUUGAGAAAUGAAAGUUAACUUUUGUAUCAUUUUUAAAGGAGAUCCCACAUUUUUAUAUAAAUCGCUUUUAACUACUUCUACGAAUGGUUACUCUCUCAGCAAAGCUUGUAGUUUUCUAACGUAAAUGAUAAUGUUUUAUACGAUAUACAAUUUUAAAUGAAACAACAAAUACAGUAGAUUCUCCUUCGACAUGGCCUUAAAUUUUAAAUGAAUUCAGGACAGUGAAAUACUUUGUCUAUCGACUUUUUUAUGAUAAUUAAAGGGACAAGAUGUUACUUCUCACACAAAUGACCAACGCUCGUUUUAAUCUCGAUAAACAAACUAUUACUAAUGAAAUGUGGUUUGAAGGGCAUCAUUAUAGGCAUAAACUCUAGUGUAUAAAACCGACUGUUGUUAAAGUGUAAACCGAAGCCAAAGCUCACUCAUUUUCAUGUAAACUUCCUAGAGAUCGACUUUCUCAUCUAGCGAAACAAAGAAGUUUUCAUUUCGAUCAGAAAAAAAAGAAUUAUCGUGAUUUUUUCUCCCUGUCAGAACUCCCUCUCAAGAGCAAAUAACGCCGAGUUCCAGAUCCACCAUUAUUGUUGUCAUUUAACGUUUUGUAAUAUCAGCAGAAGACUAAGAAAAUUCCAAGAGAUGCGGCGCAAACUAUGAAUGUCCAGCUGAACAGCAUGCGUGCAACAAUUAAUCGCGAAAAAAAAUCAACCAAAGCAUAAUAGGACAGCGUUUUUCGUUUGACAGUCAUGUUCCAGAAACAAAACAAAACAAAACAAACGAAAAAAAUAGAUGAAAUAGAACCGCCCCUCGCAGAAGGCGCUUCCAUAUACCCAAAGACAUCCAUCGGUGUGAUUUGUGGCGUUAAUGUAAUAAAACUUUUCAUGUAUAAGUGAAGCGACAAAUGCACAAAAUAAGUCACUGUAUGAUUGUUGUUAAAUGUUUUAUAUUAUUUGUACAAUUGGGAGGCAUGCAGGAAUACAAUAUUGGUCGCCCUAUGCGCUAUAGCGGAAACAAAAACGAGUUCAAUUGAAAUAUUGAUUCUAUUACUGCUUAAUACAAAAACGUUACGUUGGCACUGGAAAUCAAGUUUAAAAAAAUCUUAGCCAUCAUGUAAUCAAAAAAUGAAAUCAAUCAAUCAUAUUGACAAAAUAGAACAAAUUGUUAUUGUUACACCUCAAACCAUUUAUCGUAUUUGUUCAUAUUUAUCAACAUAAUCCCCCACCUCGUGAUUGUUGCUGUACUCCGAUAGGUUAUAACCAGAUUUAUUUUUUCAUUUUCUACAAUUAGAACAAUUAUGACAGGUAGUCAAAAAUAUCUAAUAACCAAAAUUUAUAGCAAAUGCAAAAAUGAUAACAGGCAAGAUUGCCCCCCUUCCGGACGAUUGCUGUUAGACUGGACUUGAUGGUUGAUCUCCGGACAUUUGUUUUUGAAAACAGAAAAAAUGAACUUAUGGGUUUAUUUAGCGAACAAACAAGAGAAAAAUAAGCAUUACAAGAAAAUUCCUUUUGUUACAUUUACAACUAGGUGAUUAUAAAAAAAAUAUUUUUAUAGCAAAUAAAGGAUUAUAUGA